AUGGAAAAGAGUGGAAUAAAUAUUCUUAAAGAUAAUGAAUUUCCCCACAGUAGAGAGCUGUUAUCCGCGAAAAGAAAGCACUUGAAGUCACAGGGACUGGGAAACAAAAAGAUGAAAGCUGAUCCAUUCUCAUCCUCUGAAAUAGAUGUGCUAUUUGAACAGAAUCUCCUAGGAACAGGCAACCCUGAGGCACUACUUAAUACCAUAUGGUUAAAUAAUACUUUGCACUUUGGUAUGAGGGGAAGGAAGGAGCAUACUGACAUGUUAUUUGGAGACAUAAAAAUGAUGACAACAGCAAGUGGAGAGCAAUAUUUGGAAAACAAUGAAAGGCUGACUAAAACCAGGACAGGACACAGUGACAGUAGAGCAUUUGCACCUAAAAUGUUUGCAACACCAGAUAAUCCACGCUGUCCAGUGAAUGCAUUCAAGCAAUAUAUUCGUCGCCGCCCUGAAGAUGCUCUGACUACAGACAGUCGCUUUUAUCUAAGUAUUAAAAGGAUAACACAACCUGAUGCCAGUGAAAAUGCUAAACAAACAUGGUUUACCAUGCAGCCAUUGGGUAAAAAUACUCUAGGAGAUUUAGCCAAAAAAAUGUCUAUGAAAGGUGGUCUUACAGGAAGAAAGGUUAACCAUAGUGUUCGCAAAACUACAGUGUCCUCACUUCUUCACUCCAAUGUGGAGGCUACUACCGUCAUGCAGUUGACAGGCCAUAAGAAUGUUGCUUCCGUCAAUGAGUAUAAUUCAGCAUCAUUACAGUAA